CAUGCAGAAGCCUAUCAGUGCCUAUCACACAAUAUCCUGGCUUCGGCUCCCUUUCUUCUAUCCCCCAAGAGAUGGCAAAGGUAUAUGCUUGCUAUGAAUUACGGUCAAUUGCAGCCAAGCGAAGCACCAACAAACGGCUUGGGAUCUCGCGGGGUAAGGCUCUGCUAACUGACAGGGUAUAGACUGCCCAGGCGUCCGGGCGGUCUUCGGGCGUCAUCGAUCCUUGAGCGGAGAGCAAUUGCCCUGAAGGCGUCUUUGGCCUUUUUUGCUCUCUAAGGACCAUGCCGUCGUCUACGGUUUUUUCCUAUUUGCGUCGUGAUCACCGCCGCCCGAGCCCGUCUCCAGCUACAGCUUCGCCCGCAUCCCAUGCUUCUCCCCAACUCCCCGCCACGGCCACCACGGCAGACUCGAUUUUCGGAACGGGCCCCUGCGCAGGACAGAAAACGGAUACCCAUGCAGCCAAACCUACAGAGCCGACUAAAGGCAUCGCCCUUAAACCCGUGAGCAGUACUCCCUCUCUGCGGCCCGUGAAGCCCAUCGCCAGACCUCAUUCUAGUUCCGGGGAGAGCGUGGGCCCGCUGUCGAGCUUGACAAACACUCAGAAGCCGAAUCACCUUGAAAUUGGACUGCAGAAGGGGAUAUCGUCAUGGAAAAGAAGUUUCGGUGGGCAGAAGGCCGCUGCGGGUCCUGGCGUCUCGACCGGCGGGGCUGGCAAGGGAAAAGCACCAGAUCCCGCUGCUGGAGCUCCAAGCCUGCAGAUUCGAGAUGCUAAGCCGGAAAGCUCACUGCCUCGGCGAGACGGUGGCUAUGACUCUAUGCCUGAACAACCGUCGUCCCGAGGCGGGAGAAUGAGAUUGCACCUUCUUAAUCCCAUGACGCUUCUAGCUCGUCGACGAUCAGCGCAGUUAGGCACACGCGCUGAGGAUAUAAAUAUUGGAAAGCUAACGCUUCCAGCGUUGCCCGAUGACUAUGAUCCAAGGAUCCGUGGGAAGCUCUUCCACGAUUUUUCCACUCCCCGAGGCCGACCAAAUCAUACUUUCAGCCACGCCCAGGCAGCAUAUUCGUGGGACAGCAGAGUAUCGUCGGGCCAUGGGGAAGAAGGCUAUUUCUCAGAUUCCUCUGCGCGGGCUUCACGCAGGAGUCGACAGCCGGAGCACAAACCCGUGUUCAAAGAAAACUUCGACGAUGAGGAUCCAGACACCAGAGAUAUCCAGGAGCGCCCCUCAGAAACAGAAAACCAGUCGUACUCAGUUCCUGUAUUUGCUCGUGAUCUUCCCUUAUCUUUGCCGCCGCAACCUGAGCCUGAGCUGUCCCCAGAAGCGCCAUCACCGCCAUCCACAACUGCACAGGACGAGACACCACCUUCAUUACGAUCGCGACCGUCAACUGUUCGCGAUCCAUCGUCACAGGCACCCUCGGGACUGCCUAAACAUUUGACGAGCAGUGCAUCGAGAUUUAGCUUUGAUAUACCGGGAGGAGACUCUGCUUCCCAAGAAAGGCUUCUUGAAGAGAAACACAAAGAAAAGGAAGCUGCGAGGAAGGCUAAAGAACAAAGCAAUCCCGCUGCUGAUUUUGAAUCGGAAGAGUUUGACUACGAUGCGAUGAUGGACGCCGACGGGCUAGAAGAAAUGAUCCCUGGAGUCAAUGCAGAUGCGGAUGAGUACGAAGGCGAGGAUGUUGAUUUUAAUGCUGUGAAACCAUUGAAGCCACUCGCUACGCCCUCUACAUUGCUGCUGAGCCCCGUCAGCUCGGAAGGAGCGCCUUCUUCACAGGUUUCACAGCUCCAAGACGCCUUCUCGAUGCACGGGGUGGUUCCUCCGAAUGCUGACACAACCCCGAUGCCUACUACUGUUCCAUCUCUGACUAUAGAUACCAACCAGGCGCUUUUGGCUCACGCUCCGCAAGUUCUCCAGGCCGAUAAAAACUUCGACCCGCCCUACACCAUGGGCCAUGAUGACGACUUAUACUACGACGAUGGGCUGUUUGGCGAUCUCCCUGAGGAAAUGCAAAGUGGGAACUUUGACGAAUCUAUUUUCGACGACGAGGCCAGCCAUCUAUAUGCACGGAAAAGUAGUAGGGACAAUGCUCUACCUUCAAUGCUCGAGAAGCAGCCGAGUUCGAGCAAGCACGGAACCGACCGUCAGAAGCCCCUGCCUCCAGCGAAGGAUGUGAACGAGAAUUUCGGAGACAAGUCUGGUCCACUAUCGGACAAAUCAUCGUCAGAGGGGCUGCAAGAGUCUGCUCCAGUAUUGACACAUGGGAAUCUCCAAGCAUAUCAUGAUGCUCUUGCUCAGGCCGCGAACGAAGCCGUUCGCAGGGGAAGGUUCCAGAGGAGCCCCGGUGGAAGCGAGGCAUCUGGUGACCACGAUGGAACCGAAGAGUCGCACCCCGAGCUGACGGCCGAUGAAAGUCGUCACACGAGCGAAAACGUGGAAAUGAUGGCAGUGGAUGGGGUAUUCGAUGAGUUUGACUUUUAUGAUGCUGACGAUAUUGACGACGACCCCAUGAUCGCUGCUGCUAACGCAGAAGCGCUUGAAAAUGACGAUGAGGGGUUCUACGGGCAGGAGUUUGGCUUCUAUGCGCAUUCCCACCCUCAUUGCGAGAGCGAGCGUACGUUUGGUGGCUAUUUCGGCACGAUGGGGCUUGAAGGAAUUAAGAGGAAGCAUAGCGCCAGAGCUAAUUUCCAAGAACCCAGCCUUACCCCCAUCACGGAACGCAGUGAAUGGAGCACUAGGAACUCUAUCGUUUCGUUGGCCCCGCACGCUGGUCAUCACUCUAACCCGUCCAACCCAUCUCUGUCCAGCCCUCCACUGUCACAGCUCCUUGAUAUGGGACAUUUAGAUGACGAGCUAUCCCUAAGCGCCUUGAUGAAGCUCCGACGCGGAGCCUUUGGCGGCAGCAAUGGAAGCCUGCGUAGCAAUGCGACCAGCCAGGCGGGCCAAUCUCCCCAACCCGCUUCGGCUCCAGCCGGUUCUAACUUUGGAAGUUUUCCCAAUCUCCACAACAUCUUACCUGAUCAAAAGCGUGCGAGUACCGUGAUGAAUUCCCCUAUGGGAUUGAGCUCGCCACCUUUGGUGGAGAACGGUGAGUUGGCUCCUGCUGAUUUGUCUCUCCGGAACGACGUCCCUCUCAGGCUCAGAUCGUCCGAACGACCGCACUCAAUGAACCUGGACUUGCUAGCAACCGGCAAGGCCAGGUCUCCGGAGGUGAUUCGAAGACAUCUCCGAAGUAAUAGUGCAACGGAGAGCAUUAGCUAUGUGAAGGAGACCGAUGGAUUGGGGGCCAAUCGGUGGGUGUUGGAGCGAAGGCGUACGGGAGCUGACGGUGAGGGCGAGGUCGUAGAAAGAGAAGUCAUGAGCUCUGGCCAUAUAUGAUCCAGAUCAAGGGCUGGUUCCUCUGAUACCUUUUUGCUGCAUGCCAUUUAUUAUUAUGUUGACUCAUUUAUCUAAUUGGUCAUUGUUCUACGAGCAUCUUCUUUUCUUUAUUCCUGUUCCCCACGUGCAUUCUUGCGCACUAUGGGUUGAACUCUCCUCUACAUAUAUUUUUCCUACUCGAGCGUUUCCCAUCUUUGGUCAUGUUUCUUACUUCUGAGGAAUCACUCCUUGCAGCGCAGAUGAGUAGCUGUUUGAUUCUUGGAUCCUAUUUUCUAUUUCUUUUUUUCCCUUUCUCGCCUUUUUCUUUCUUACUGUUCUUUUUCCCCUUUCAUUCACUGAGAUCUAUCGAUACCCCAGUCUCUGGCAGACCAAUGGUGGG